AUGGAGAAAACAGAGAAAGAGAUCUUGAUGUCACUGCAUCAGGAGAGCAGCAGCAAGUCGCCGGAGGAAACUCAGGCCACCUUCACCGGCAUGUUCCCCGUCAACCUCCAUUCCAUCCUCGCCGCCAACACCACCCAGCCCUUACUCCCUCUCUCCUUGUUCGCCGAUAACUACUGCAGCCUCUCCGCUCCCAAAACCGAACCGCCGCUCUUUCACAACCACCACCAGGACCAGCCACCACAAUACGGUGCCGUUUCGGCUCAGACGUCGUCCCUCAUCGACUACUACUCCAUCUUCAACCACCUCCCGGACCUCCUCUCCCUCGACCACUCUCCCUACAAGCGCCCUCGCCUCCUCGACCACCAAACCCUGGCCUCCUCCUACCAGCUCUACCCGACGCCGGCCGAAUCUCCGCCGUCUCCCGUGGUGGUGCCACGUGGAAGCAGCCUGGCCCGGAAGAGGCGGCAGACGCUGAGCGACAAGAUGCGGUGCCUGCAGAAGCUGCUGCCGUGGGAGAAGAAGAUGGACAACGCCACCACGCUCGAGGCGGCGCACCGCUACGUCCGGUUCCUCCAGGCUCAGGUCGCCGCCCUCCAGGCCAUGCCCAUCGUCGCCUCCGACUCGGCCGGCUCCCUCCCGGUCCUGACACGCGGCGUCGGCGGCGGCAGCGGUGAGGUGGAGGUGCUGUCCACGCUGAGCCGGAGCCAGAUGCUGCAAGUGGCGGUGAACUCGCCGGUGGCGCAGAUGAGGAUGUCGGAUCUCGGGAGGUGUGUGUUCUCGGUGGAGCAGCUGGCUCUGCUGAACAAGAAGAGCGUCAUCAGGUCUGCCAUGGUCUCUGCUUCAGGCCAUUACUAUCCUACUACUACUACUAGCUUCAUUGACUCUUCUGCUUCUGCCUCUACCACUAAUUAA